GUUUAUCGAACACAACCAACACUGAACAAGGAUCUGGUUUCAGUUCACCUUAACUAUCGCUUCCUUCUUUCUCGAUCGCUCACUUUUAACGCAAAAAGAAAAAGGGAAAUAACAAUAAUUCGUAACGGACUAGCUAUUUCACGAAUAAAGAGAGAAAAUCAGUCGCGGGACACCCGGAAGAAAUUUAACUAGACAUGCAAUCAUACUGUGCAAUGCAUCCCAUAAAAGACGAGAUGGUGAUCGUGGGCUCAAGAAUAACAUACUCUUCCUUCACCAUUUGGCUCUUUCUCAGCAUUGAAUUCGUAAUUACUACGUUGCUAUCAAUUUUCCUGAGAAUCCUUAAGAUAUUCAAAUCUCUGCUGCCGGAACCACCGAGAGAUUUGACUGGAGACGUAGUUUUGGUGGCCGGUGCUACUUCCUCUUUAGGCAAAUCCCUCGCGGCUGAAUUCGUGAAAAGCGGGUGUUCCGUUAUCUGCGUGGACAACGAUCACGAGUUAAUCGAGGAAACAGCAUCGAGAUUGAAACAACAGCAUCUCAUCAGCGACGAAGCCAAGCCGAGGGACAGAGAGGACGAUUCUUCACGAUGCAGCUCGACUAUAUCUGCUUACGAGUGCGAUUUCUCAAAUAGAGAUGACAUUAGAAGAACAGCCCAAAAAGUGAAAGACGAUAUCGGAAAGAUCAACACUUUAGUGACCUGUAUUGGCAAUUCGAGCGAGGACAUCUUCGACACGACCAGCAAGACUUUAAUGACUCAUUUUUGGACAGUCCUCGCGUUUCUUCCAAUGAUAUUGGAUCAAAAACGAGCCUAUAUAAUCGGAGUGACCCCAAUCGCAUCGAAUAAAGACGCUUAUCAUGGUUCCAGGGCAGCUGUAAUGAGUUUCAUGGAAUGCAUGUGUCAAGAAUUGAGCCAUCAUAGUAACGAUUUAACAUUUUUGGCAUUCUCUCCAAUUAGAGAAUGCAGUACAUCGAGAGAGAACGAAGAACGAGUGGCCAAGAACAUUGUGAAAGCAGUACAGACCAAUCGGUAUAAUAUGAGCGUCAGCUGGAUAUCCAAAUCGCUGUAUCACAUAAGUUGUAUGAUCUACAACGGAAUAACGUUGCUCACAGAGUGGACCCACUUUCAAGGAUGCGAUUAUCACGCGUAAAUAUGAGCCCUCUCUCGCGUUACGCUCAAUAGAAUUAUUAAAAGGAGGAUGUCUAGAAAUCGCCAUACUACGAUCUACGAUGUUUCAAAGAACAGCCUCGGAAGUUCUCUUAAUGAUUAAAAGAAAAGCAAAGUGCAUGCGUACAAAAUGAAAUUUUAUUCUAAUCUCUCGCGUAUCGUUCGACAAUUCAAAAGUCUACACAAUCGAAGGGAGAGAACAUCGAAAUAGUGACGCAAAGUUUAAAGAAUAAUCGACGAUAAUUACAAAGUUUCCGUAUAUGAGAGAUAUAGUACAAAUUAUAUAUGCAUUAGAAAAGAAAAAAUAACACGUAUGUUAUUAUUAAGUAUUCGGUUGUUUUUGCUUGAAAAACGUUCGUCAAUCAGGAACUAGCACGUCGUAAUGACCGCUGUCCGAAUUACCGGUGAAUAACAGUCUAGCUGUAGCGUAUUGCGAGCUCACAUGAUUGUGAAAUACUCGUUUAAGUUCGGGUCUGUCUUUGAUCUCGCGAUAGAUCGACAGAUUCAUGUUAUACAUCUUGGUGGCGACUGUGCAUUCGAGUUCACUGGCGAACGUGCCCACCAUGUCCAUAUAAUUUUCAUAAGUUUGCCGAUCCGAUAUGUUCCAUUCGGCUAUCACGAAAGGUCCGUACUCGUGCCAAUUUUCCUUGAUGUGUUGCACAACCUGUCGGACAAGAUUCUAUCGUUCGUAGAAAUAAAAGAUGCGAAGGGCAUGCGAGAAAAGACUUAACUGUUCCUUGAAAUCGAACGAAAAAUUCUUUUACUUAAAAGAAAAAUUGUAAUCGAGUAAAAGAAUUUUAAAAGAAAAAUUGUAAUUGAGUAAAAGAAUUUUAAAAGAAAAAUUGUAAUUGAGUAAACGAAUUUUAAAAGAAAAAUUGUAAUUGAGUAAAAGAAUUUUAAAAGAAAAAUUGUAAUUAAGAUAAAAAGGAAGCGUUAAAACGAUUUGAAGAUUCGUAAGAUUCUAUGGGAUAGUUUCUAAAUUAGAAAUUUUGUUAAGAUAAGAAGCUAUAUAGAUACUGAUAGAUAUUAGAUAUAAAUUGCUCGAAGUAAAUGGAGGAUCUUUUGUUCGUCGAAAGAGUUUCCUUCGUUUGAUCAAAUACGGAUCAAAUUUGGUCUCUCUUCGAUGCGUUAAAUAUUCAAUUUUAGUUCCUCUAUAGAACAUUUUUAUAUAUUUUUUAAUAUUCUUUCUAUGGAGUCUUUGAUUAUUUCGAGCAAUUUAUUUUGCUGUACUAUAGAUAUUUUUCAUAGUUUGCCUGAAAGAAUCGCAUAAACGAAAACGAAGCACACCAUUGAUCGCAGAUACCGAUGUUCGUCCUCGUUUUGCCAUAAAAUGUAGCUAAUCGCUCGAAACAUGCAAUUACCAUCGCCGUAAAUGUUUUGCACGCGAAACGUGCCUUCAGCGCACCUUAAACGAGCCGUAUCUGUAACACAAAGAUCAUCGUUUAUAUUCUAUUAUCAAUAAGUAAAACAUGAAAUUUAACACAUUAAAUAAAACACAUCGAUUUACGUUUUAAAUCCUCUUAAGAUAAUAAUAAAUUCUAUUACGAAUAUAAAUCGGACGAAGGUGUGUACCUCUUUUAAAAAAGAUAGAACGCCUGUUUUUAUCUCUUUUAACGCGUGUAUGUGAACAAAAUUGUUCACAGGGGAUCCAAUUAGUUUGUCGGUUCCAAACGGAGUACGUUUGUCGAAUACCGGAAGCGUGGAUGUAGAAGUCUCCGCGGUCCAGGUGCUGUUCGUGUCCGAAUCGAUUAUAUCUUUUCGCAUUCUUAAGCAGCGACGAGCGAUGUACGCACUUGUCUAUUAAUAAAACGUGCAAACAGAUAA